AUGACUACUCCAACGCUGAUCAAUUUGCCUCCUCCCCCAUCGGACCCCGUCACUCCAUCGGAUAUGGGACCAGGCACCCCCAACUCCGGCACUACCUCGCUAUCUGCUCUCUCGACCACAGCCAUCAAAGAUGGCCACCAGGGCCAACCAUUCCCUCACAGCCACCAUGCGCACCAGUCCUCUACAUCUUCAACCACAACCCUAGAAGCUGAGCGCGCAGACCGCAUCUCUCGCCUAGCCGGUCUCGAGCGCGUCGCCACAGCUCGCGCCGGUGGCCAAACAUCCGGCCAAGUGCCCCCGCCAUAUGCGCCAGGAUACUUUGAGAGUCAAGCACUGAAGGAGCGCAGCACAGUUGGCAGCGCCAGCGCGACGGGAAGUAUUGCUGGACGCACUACCUGGGCGAGUAGUAGCGACACAUACGAUGCCGACAAAAUGAGCGAGUAUCACGAGGACGACGGCACCUCCAGUGUCGGUAACGUCAGUGACGAGGGUAAUGCCAGUCUGGUUGGUUUUGGCGAGGGCGCCAAUAGUACUUACAGUGGACCGAUUUCUCGUCCUCCUGGAAUGAACCGUAUGUCUUCUGGAGGUAUCGGGGCACGACCUACUUCUAUGGGUAGCUCGAAUGUCAACCGCCCAACUCCGCUGGCUUCAUAUCUUCAGCAACAACAGCAUCAUGCUGGGGAGAGCUCUAUGAUGCCAUCAUCACCAGCUGGGUCAGUGACCCCCGAGCCUAUGAACGAGGAUGCUCGCAUGGUUGAUGGUAUGACCUUUGACUCGGAUGUUGUUGAUACUACUGCCAGAACUCCACGAUUGGUUUCCACGCCCAGUCACAGCGGCAGUGGCUUUGGCUCGCCAGGCCGGGAUUAG